AUGGAAGAAAUCAGGCGUGCAGCGGAGAGCCAGGGAGCAAGCAAGCAGGAAGAGAUCAAACGUAGGCUGUCCUGGGCAAACGACAUCAUCUUUCUGAUCCUCCUCCGCCUUCCAACCAGAUCCAUCUUCCGGUUCAGGUGGGUCUCCAAGCAAUUCUAUUCCAUAAUCUCGGACUCGUCCUUCAUCUAUUCCCUUGCUCUCAGAGCCACAAGUUCUCUUGUCAUCCAACCCAAAGAAGACACACACAAAGAUACCAUUGAUCUGUAUCUUAUCAACAGCAACAACACGAGUGAAUCUACUUGGAUAACCUUACAGAAACCUGUCAAGUCUGAAUUUUCCCUGCUUGCUUGUUGUGAUGGCUUGUUAUGUUUUCGAGCAUGGCAGUACUAUGUUUGCAAUCCUCACACGAAAGAGUGGAUCAGCGUGCCGUACACAAAUUAUCCCGAGUCUAAUAGUACUAAGAUGAGUGACCCACUGGAAGGUUCUCGCAUUGCUCCAAGAAUACAACCUAGGUUGGGAGCUUUUUGCAUUGCUCCAAGAAUACAACCUAGGUAUCUAUGUGGCUUCUACUUCCACCCAUCGACCGGAGAGUACAGACUGCUGGCGAGGGUGUGUGGAGUUGGAUUUGAGGUGCAUACUUUGGGAACAUAUUCAUGGAGAGUAAUCAAUGCUUCUACUUACCAUCCUACAUCCUGUACGGUGGAUCAUUCACUGGCACUGCAUGACAACUUGCAUUGGGUGGGAACCGAAGGGAUUAUUGUGUUCAAUAUGGAUUCUGAGGAAUUCAGUCAGAUGGCGUACCCUGCCGAGUGCAAUGUCUGGUAUCAAAAUCAUAUAGUGAUUACGGCACAGUGUCUAGGUCUAUGCAGAGUUAUGCCACAAACAAGGUUGGAGAUAUGGAUCCUAAAGGACUGUGCUAGAAAGCAUUGGAUCAAACAGUAUACAAUCUCUAUGCACGGUUUCAUGAACUACAGCAUUAGACGUCCAAUUACUCUAAGUGAAGAAGAAAUUUUGCUUUUGUGCCGUGACUAUAGAGAACAUCAAGACAGUCUGAUCUUCUACAAUGCUAAAUGCAAUGCACUCAAGAAAUUUGACAUUGAAGGUUUGGUUGAUUGGAGGAGUUGCAAAACUUUUGGUAUGCCCUUUACCGCGGAGUUUUGA